UAUUAGUCUAUGGCGAUAUCGGCGACACCGCUCAGAACAGUAAGAACAGUAGUCAAAGAGAAAGAUAUUGUAAACAUAAGGACGCUGUGUUUAUAUUUUCUACAAUAAAAACUUCCAACACAAUUUUUAACCUGGAGUCAAAUAUUGAAAAAGAAGAAAAAGACUUUCAGUACAGAAUUAUUUCUCAGUAUGGCAGAGAAGACGAAAAGUAUGAGUCACGUAAAACAUAUCCCUAAGGACGCCCAAGUCAUCAUGUCAAUCAUGAAGGAUAUGGGAAUAACGGAUUACGAGCCCAAAGUCAUUAAUCAGUUAUUAGAGUUCACCUAUCGAUAUGUCACAUGUAUAUUGGAUGACAGUAGAGUAUAUGCCAAUCAUGCAAAGAAGAAGUUUAUUGAUCUGGAUGAUGUCAGACUGGCGGUGAAAAUGCAGCUGGAACGAACGUUCACGAAUCCACCACCGAGGGAUGUGCUGCUGGAGGUUGCACGUGCCAAGAACAGUAUCCCGCUACCUUUUAUAAAGGCCAGUCAUGGCCUUCGACUUCCACCUGAUAGGUACUGCUUGAACUCAACGAAUUAUAGACUGAAGAAUGCCACAAAGAAGAUCAUGCAGAAAUCUGCGCAUCCUCUGACAGGAAAUAAUCCAUCUGGUGGACAAGGAAGAGUAAAAGUAGAAGGAAAUAAGUCUAGUCUAUCAAUUGUUAAAAGGCCUGGUACUCUUGCUACUGUUGCCAGAACACAGAGCAUUUCCAUACCAAAGCCAGUAUUGAAAUUCUCCACAGCGACGACGACCACUACAGCAGUAAAGGCGCAGGUUACAAAACCGAAGAUACAGAUCUCGUCCGGGCAGACAUUGCCGCCUGUGAAGAUGGAGACAGAGGAACAUUCGAUGAAGAGGAAACGCGAAGACGAAGAUUAUGACGUGUCGUAAUUGAAUUCUAAAUAGUUUUCCAUUGACAUUCUCAGUUUCCAUCAUUUCAAAUAUUAACAUACUCGAUUCUACUUUUUUCAUUUCAAUAAAAUCUCGUAUAAGUUCGCAAUAAUGAUACUUUCGUUCUGGUUUUAAAUAAGGCGAGAAGAAGAAUGUACAGGGCUUAUGCAAUAAAUUAUGAUUGCGUAAAAAACAGAAA